GUCCCCCGCAAAAUUUCCCCGAAGAAGAAGUUCACCAAAAAUGGCAGCGCAGCAACAACCCGGUGGACCGAUUCCCCAAGUUGGAAUGCAGCAAGCUGCUACACUUCAACAACAGCAGUUGAGUCAACAGCAAGAUUUUGACCCUGUUCAUCGAUUCAAAAUGCUUAUUCCACAAUUAAAAGAAAGCCUCCAGAAUGUCAUGAAGAUUGCCUCUUUAAAUUUGGGACAUAAUACAUCAAUUGACAAUGGCAUAAAGAGCAGUGAUGCCAGUGUACAGCGGUUUGACAAGAGUCUGGAAGAGUUUUAUGCCCUAUGUGAUCAGCUGGAACUCUGCUUACGGCUUGCCUACGAGUGCUUAUCCCAGAGCAUUGACAGUGCCAAGCACUCUCCUAACCUGGUCCCGACAGCCACCAAGCCUGACACCGUGCAGACAGAGUCCCUGUCCUACUCACAGUACCUCAGCAUGAUCAAGUCGCAGAUCUCCUGCGCCAAAGACAUUCAUAACGCUCUAUUGGAGUGCUCUAAGAAAAUCGCAGGAAAGGGCCAGCCACCAGGAAUCCUGUAGAAAUGGGCAUUUCAUUAUAUUAUUAUUUUUCUAAAGUUAUUUGUAUUUUUUGUUGUUGUAAUGAUUGAUAAAGACAUACAAAGUUGAUUUAACUGUU